GAGGUGCAGGAGUGCCUGCCGGGCUACCUCGUGGAGCAGCUGCGGGAGCUGGGCAUGGAGUCCCCCAUGCCCAUCCAGCAGCAGGCCCUGCCACUGCUCCUGCGCGGCUUCGACCUCGUCGGCAUCGCGAAGACGGGCAGCGGCAAGACGCUGGCAUUCCUGCUACCCGGCGUGGUGCACAUCGAGGCGCAGGAGCCCCUCGACGGGGCCGUGGCGUCGCCGAUCGCGCUGGUGCUCGCUCCCGUGCGGGAGCUGGCGGUGCAGAUCGCGGAGGAGGCCAACAAGCUGCUGGCCAAGUCGUCGGCCUCCGCCAGGCACCCGAAGGGCCUGGGCGCCGUGGCGCUCUACGGCGGGGGGGCGCGGGUCAGGUGGGACCAGCUGGCGGAGCUCCAGAAGGGCUGGUGUCAGAUCGUCACCGCCACGCCAGGUCGUGCGUGCGACUUCCUGCAGUCUGGGGACCUGUCUCUGGGGCGCGUGACCUACUUCGUGCUGGACGAGGCCGAUCGCAUGCUAGAGUGUGGCUUCGAGGAGCAGAUGGGGCAGAUAGCAGGGUCCAUCCGCUCCGACCGGCAGACGUUGUUCUUCUCUGCGACUUGGCCUGCAGUGGUGCAGAAGCUCGCCAGCAGGAUGUGCCACUCGCCUCCUGUCCGCGUCACUGUAGGGCAGAAGCAGGAUGGCGACGGUCCUACCGCGCGGGGUGACAUCGUGCAGGAGAUAGUAGUCCUUGACGGCAUGGAGUGGGAAGAGGUAGACGCGAAGAAGCAGGAGAUCAUGUACAGUCAUAUCCGCACUCUGCUCCAGGACCCUGUGCACAAGGUGCUCGUGUUUGUCAACACCAAGAACAUGUCCUGGGAGGUCGCCGGCAAGCUCACCGAAGAGGGGUUCAGUGCCGAGUUCAUGUACGGGGGCCGCUCGCAGGAUGUGCGGGCAGACAUCGUGCGGAAGUUCAAGGAGGGCGAGAUCAAGCUCCUCGUCACGACGGACGUGAUGGCGCGCGGGCUCGACAUCCCUCAUGACAUCUCGCACGUCGUGGUCUUCGACUGCUACGGCGGUAUUGAGGAGUACGUGCACCGCAUAGGCAGAACGGCCCGCGGCCCCUACGGACGAGGCCACGCGCUGACCUUCUUCGAGUACGACCCCAAGUACUCGGGCAUGGCCAGCGAGCUGCUGGAGGUGCUGCAGCAGGCGGGGCAGCCCGUGCCCCCCGAGCUGCAGAGGAUCGCGGACGAGGUCGCGAGCGGCGAGCGCAAGGUGGUCCGGAAGAAGUGGUGACCGCGGGCGCAGCUUCGGGCCCCUGGGAUCGGCGCGCCGGCCCCCCCGCGCCGCGGCCUGCGGGGGCGGCGGCCCCUCUCGCCUGUUCUCGGGGGCAGCGGCAGGAGGGGACCUAAAUUUCUGAUGGCCCCUUCCAGUCAGGAGGCUGACGCUCCUCGGGCGGCUGCAGCCCAGGAGGGCAGAACAGGUGGAGGCCACUGCCGGCGGCCGGGACCGACAUCUCUCGCGCGCGCGCGUGGCCCCCUGCGCGCCCCGAGCGCUGCGGGUGCGCCAGAGUGAACCGCAACGCCCGCAGAGGGGAAGCGUGGACUGCUUACGCUUCAGUUCACCUCGAGUUGAGCUGCCUCCUCCGUUUUCUGGCCAGAUUGCCUACGCUUCAGUCUACUUCGAGUCGAGUUGCCUCCUCUGUCUUCUGGCCGCUGCACGGUUCGCCUGGAUUUGCAGUUUUCCCUGCACACCACCCCUCGCUGCAUGUGACGACGUGUGCACGGGCUGCGCACUGUGCCUUCGACAAUGCUCGAUCGCAAUUGGCACUUCCAUUUGCCGGCCGCGCCUGAGGAUCCUCGGCGCCGCCGGCUUACAAAUGUGGGCGUGUGUGUUUGCUUCAAUUUAUUUGGUUGCCCUGCGUGGCGGAGGUAGUCCUCGCAGG